AUGCGUCAACGUCGUUGGGUAGAAUUGUUAAACGACCAUGACUGCGAAAUUUGCUACCAUCUAGGUAAAGCGAAUGUAGUAGCCGACGCGCUUAGUCGUAAAAACUCAUGUAAAGGGUAUUCGUUGUCUCCAACUCGUAACGAUCUUGAAAACUGCAUUCAUGAAGCUCAAUAUGCCUCUGUUAACGAGGGUAGUCUCUCCCUCGAGAUACGAGGUGGUGUGGAAGAAGAUCUUGUGUCUAAAUCCGAUGCUCCACAAACCCACCCUCUUCAUCUCUCUGCAUUCCUCUUAACCCUCUCUCUCUUCUACAUCAAAUCCGACCCAUUUCAAUCCAUCUUCAUCUGGUUCUCAUUAUCCCUCCUCAGCGGCCCUUUCGCCCCACCAUCUCUCACCGCCGGCGACAUCCGCGUCGGCCUGGGCCCCACUCUCCAGCCCAUUGUUGAAGAAACUGAUGGUGAAGAACCCGGUUGGGAGAAGAUUAUUGCUGCUGUUCCGGGGAGGUCGAAAGCGGCUUGUAUGAAAAGGGUUGCUGAUCUUAAGAAGGAUUUUAGGAGUUCGAAAGCUGCUUCGCAGGCUUGA